GCGGGCACCCGCCGGCAGCGAUGCCGCUCGCCCAGCUGGCCCAGCCCUGGCCCGACAUGGAGCUGGUGCAUCUGGACACGGAGAACGGGCAGGCAGCUCCAGAAGAAGGUGGGAAUCCUCCAUCCAAGGCAAAAUCUGACAUCACUUGGAUAGAGAAAGACCUCGUGGACUCUGCAGACAAGGGGGAAGGUGUGGUGCAGGAGAUCAACAUCACACACCAUGUGAAGGAGGGCUCUGAGAAGGCUGAUCCCUCACAGUUUGAGCUCCUGAAGGUGCUGGGACAGGGCUCUUUUGGCAAGGUUUUCUUGGUGAGGAAAAUAACACCCCCAGACAGCAACCACCUGUAUGCCAUGAAAGUGCUCAAGAAGGCCACGCUGAAAGUGCGGGACCGACUGAGGACAAAGAUAGAGAGGGACAUCCUGGCCGAUGUCAACCAUCCCUUUGUGGUGAAACUCCACUACGCAUUCCAGACAGAGGGGAAGCUGUACCUCAUCUUGGAUUUCCUCAGAGGAGGUGACCUUUUCACUCGGCUUUCCAAAGAGGUCAUGUUCACCGAGGAGGACGUGAAGUUCUACCUGGCAGAGCUGGCACUGGGGCUCGACCACUUGCACAGCCUGGGGAUCAUCUACAGGGACCUCAAGCCAGAGAACAUCCUCUUGGAUGAAGAGGGGCACAUCAAACUCACAGAUUUUGGCUUGAGUAAGGAGGCCAUAGACCACGAGAAGAAAGCCUACUCCUUCUGUGGUACCGUGGAGUACAUGGCUCCGGAGGUGGUGAAUCGCCAGGGCCACUCGCACAGCGCUGACUGGUGGUCCUACGGGGUCCUCAUGUUUGAAAUGCUCACGGGGGCACUGCCCUUCCAGGGGAAGGACCGUAAGGAGACGAUGACCCUCAUCCUCAAAGCGAAACUGGGCAUGCCACAGUUCCUGAGCACUGAGGCUCAGAGCCUCCUGCGAGCCCUUUUCAAAAGGAAUCCAGCCAACAGAUUAGGGUCUGGGCCGGAUGGGGCAGAGGAGAUCAAGCGCCACCCUUUCUACUCCACCAUCGACUGGAAUAAGCUAUACCGCAGGGAAAUCAAACCCCCUUUCAAGCCUGCAGUGGGCCAGCCAGAUGACACCUUUUAUUUUGACACAGAAUUCACGUCACGGACACCAAAAGAUUCCCCGGGUGUCCCCCCGAGUGCGGGGGCCCAUCAGCUCUUCCGAGGCUUCAGUUUUGUGGCAACCGGCUUAAUGGAGGAUGGCAAAGUGAAAGCUGCCCAGCCACCCCUGCAUUCAGUUGUGCAGCAGCUGCACGGCAAGAACGUCCAGUUCAGCGAUGGGUACGUGGUGAAGGAGGCCAUCGGCGUCGGCUCCUACUCCGUCUGCAAACGCUGCAUCCACAAGGCCACCAACAUGGAGUACGCAGUCAAGGUGAUUGACAAGAGCAAGCGAGACCCUUCUGAGGAGAUUGAGAUCCUGCUGCGGUACGGGCAGCACCCAAACAUCAUCACCCUCAAAGACGUGUACGAUGAUGGGAAGUACGUGUACCUGGUGACCGAGCUCAUGAGGGGAGGGGAGCUCCUGGAUAAGAUCCUCAGACAGAAAUUUUUCUCAGAGAGAGAAGCCAGUUCAGUCCUGCACAUGAUUUGUAAAACAGUGGAAUAUCUGCAUUCCCAAGGGGUAGUUCACAGGGACCUGAAGCCCAGCAAUAUCCUCUACGUGGAUAAAUCAGGGAACCCCGAGAGCAUCCGAAUUUGUGACUUUGGCUUUGCCAAGCAGCUCAGGGCUGAGAACGGGCUCCUCAUGACCCCCUGCUACACAGCAAACUUCGUGGCACCCGAGGUCCUGAAACGCCAAGGCUACGACGAGGGCUGUGACAUCUGGAGCCUGGGGGUCCUGCUGUACACGAUGCUGGCAGGCUGCACUCCCUUUGCAAAUGGUCCCGGUGACACUCCAGAAGAGAUCCUGACACGGAUAGGAGGGGGGAAGUUCUCCAUCAGUGGGGGCAAUUGGGACACUAUUUCUGACAUGGCCAAGGAUCUGGUAUCAAAGAUGCUUCACGUAGAUCCUCACCAGCGUCUCACAGCCAAGCAGGUCCUUCAGCAUCCUUGGAUAACCCAGAAGGACAGUUUACCCCAGAGCCAGCUGAAUCACCAGGACAUUCAGCUUGUAAAGGGCGCCAUGGCUGCCACAUACUCGGCACUGAACAGCUCCAAGCCAAGCCCUCAGCUGAAGCCCAUCGAAUCCUCUAUCCUGGCACAGAGGCGGGUGAAGAAGCUCCCCUCCACCACCCUGUGAGGCCCCACGGUGCAGGAACAGCCUGGAUUUUGCACACCUAUGGAAGAGGGGCACAGGGGACAGGCAGGGUCUGCACAGGGGCUCUCCCGGGGACUUGCUUUUAAAAGGCCAAGUGCCUUCCUGCUCCUGAAAGACUGGCUCCUCGUACAGACUGAUCUUUGCUGAGAGAACUUCACUGUAAAACUUUUUUGAUGUGUAAAUUGUCGAUUUUUAAAGAAAUCCAUCUGUGUAUAUGAGAACUAGAAUGUAUAACUGAUGUCAAGUGGCACUAAAAAGCAGCUCUGAUUCACCCUU